AUGAAUAGGUUAACCCUCUUACAAACUGGUACCAUACAGAAUAGGGUAUGGAAUCAGCUAAGAUUUGGAUUAGGUCUACGCUAUAAUUCAGGAUCUACCGAAUUCAGUAAAGAUGAGGUUGAGAAAGCUAGACUGUGGUUGAAUAGUGUUACAAUAGAACAUAUACCGACAAAGAUAUUUGAUAUAUCAUAUAGCAGAGCAUCUGGUGCUGGUGGUCAGAAAGUUAAUAAGACUUCAUCAAAAGCUACGGUAGCUCUUGAACCUCAUCAAUGGCUUAAUCCUCAAUUUUGCUAUUGGAUACCACAACCUAUACUAUCGCAAAUAUCCACUAAACCAAUUAGAUAUGAAACUAAAACGGGAAGUUUAUUAAUUCAAAGUGAUGCAUCUAGAAAUAGAGAUGUGAAUACAGGUGAAUGCUUUAAGAAGUUAUUAACUGCCAUAAAGGAAACCGUAUAUUUUGAAGGUGAAGUAAGUCAAGAAGAUUUAGAGAAAUGGGAUCAAAUAAAGGAAGACGUUAAGGAAAAACGACUCUUCCACAAGAAACUUAAGAGUGAUAAGAAGAAGAAUAGAACCAAAAAGUUCGACUUGUAA